AUGAGUACCACCCGCCGCAGCAGAGCCAUGCCAACGGAUGGCCCGACGGUCAAAUUCCUCUACACCAUCAUCAAGCAGUUGGAUCUGAAGGCUAUUGACUGGAACGUCGUUGCCUCCCAACUUGAGAUUUCCAACGGUCAUGCGGCACGGAUGCGCUAUUCUCGCUUCAGGCAACAGAUGGAGGGCAUCACAUCCACACCACGAGCACCCCGCACCAAGAAAGCCCCGAAUAAGUCCAAGGCCGGUUCGUGCAAGGCGGAUGUGCAUCCGGAGGCAGAUAUCGCGCAGCCAAAGUCGGAGGUAAAGCAGGAUCCCGGUCUCCUGCUCUACCAGUCGAACCCGUUCAUCAAGGACGACCCAUACGGACAGCGAAUCCCUUCUCUCGCCGACAUACCUCAAGCCACCUCUCAUCAGAUGCUGCCAAAUACGUCUCUACAGAUGCCCACAAUUCCGUAUCCGUCAGUUACUGUGGCUCCGUCGGACCUGGGAAUGUACGCAUCGCCCCCUGGCUUUCCGAACCUGACACCAAUGGAGUAUGGGCAGCACCCCAGCCCCCGCCAUCUUUGGGCUCCUGUCAAAGCUGAGCCGGAAUACCGGGGAGAAGUUGACAGUUUGUUUGUCAAGGUGGAGAAGACCGAGGAGACUGGGAUUUCCGCACAAUGUGACGAGGUUGAAUACCAAGGAACAGCCGUUGUCGAAGGAGGGCUCAUGGGAAGCCGGAAGUGAUAAUUUUGAUUCUGCACUUGGUGUUUCCGCAAGGAAUUCAUGAUAAUCUCACCUGGGACUGGUAUUUAUUUUUAUGAACCAAUGACGAAUAGACAACUUACUGCGGUAAUGUAGUUCUUACCUCACUUGAAUACAUGCUGGCUGUGGA